AUGGCGCCCACGCGGAUGGACGGCGAGCUGCUGGAGAGGCUGCGGCGGCUCGAGGCGAAGGUCAUCGCCGAACACGCCGAGUUCGUUGAUCAUCGCUUGCAGGUGGAGCGAGCGCUCGAGGAAACGGACCUGAACGGGCGGCUGGGGCGCGCCGCGCAGCUGGCGCGCGACACCUACAACCAGCAGGUGGAGCAGCAGGCCAAGAUGGACGGCCGGCUCGAGCAGCUGCAGCGGGCCCUGCGGGAGCUGCAGCCCGCGGCGCUCCUCGAGGCGAGCUGCUCGAGCCUCUCGCCCUCCUCGAGCCCUUCGCGCGGGGCAGCUCCUCGUCGCCGCCCCUCGGGCCCACAGGAGACGCGCUCGAGAUCGAGGCCGUGGCGGGGCGGAUGUGCGACGAGCUCCGCGCCCAGCUGGCCGAGGAAGCGCGGGCUGCGCGGCGGGAGCUGGAGGGCCAGGCGGCACAGGAGCGCGCGGCGCGGGAGGCCCAGGGCGAGGCGCUGCGGGGCGAGCUGCGGGAGCUGCGCGGGGCCUCGGAGGCGCGGGUGCGCUCGCUGGGCUCGGAGCUGGCGGGCCUGA